GUGGCUAUUAGUGGCUGGCGCUAAAACUUACCUUUUGAAUCACCGCCUUGUGUUGAGUUGGUUAUACUUCAUAAAUCAUUGUUUCCAAUACUGCCUUUAUCUGUAAGGUGGACACUGGGCAUUAACUUCAUUUUACAGCAUGUCUAGCCUGUCAGCCUACCUUCAUCUCAUAAAUUCAUUUUAUUAAAAGUCUCAUAAACUUUGGUAAGAUCCUGGCUGUUUAUUGUUUAUUAAAAACUCCCGCUUUAUUUCAUGAGCAGAAAUUAAAAAGAAUUGGUGUUCAUUGUAGUGAUAUUUUGGAGAACUUCCUUCUUUACAUAUUCAGUUUACAGGAUGAGAUGGUAAGGUCUUUGAAAUGUACGAUCAUACUUUUUAAUGUAUGUAUGUCGUCCGUUUUUCAUUGGCAUGGAUGCAGGCCGAGAAAUUGGACGUGAUAAAAGCAGAAGUGGUUGUCUUCCAUUGUCAGUGCAAUCACGCUGAUGAUGGAGGCAUUAAAACCUCUGAAAUGUUGGUAAAUUUCUACCACAGUAUUAAAACCCAGAAGACAGCCAUAUUUGAAUUCACCACCUUGAAAACCUCAAAUCCAGGGGAUUUCAAACAGAAAGGUGGGGUGGUCCUCAUUGCGAAAUGAUUUUGACAAGCCAAUGACUGACUGAGUACAAGAGUUAGGUUAGGUUGUGUCAUGGUGAAGGGGCCACAAACAUUGGAAAGCAGCCACAGUAUAACCAACUCCAUCGAGGAGAUAUUUCCUUGAGCUCUUAAAGAGUUAGUUGGUGAAGAAGUUUCUUGAUUUUAUGGAUCUUCAAAAUUCAUUGCCUUCAUAAGAAAAUCUAUUUGAUCUUUUGCCAAACCAUCUGAGGCCAGUUCACAUCUUUGCAGUCUGUUUAUAUGUGAUUCGUUAAAAAAUAUCUGCCACAUAUGUCCAGGUCGCCUAAAACGCUUAAUCCUCGAGAUUUUCCUACCAAAAUUUUUGUAUCUAUAUUGUACAUGAUUUGGUUGUGUGAUGUAUUGAAAACUGUUUUGUGAAUUAACACAUACUUUUAAGCUGUUUCUAAAGCAGAAGAUGAUUGACUGCAGUAGAAAUAGAAAAAGGAAGGUCUUUGGAGAUUAGAAAUAUUUUGUCAUUGAUCAAUUGUUUUUUUUUAUACAGUACAUCGCAUGUUUCAGACACUCAGCCUUAGUGGGAAAAGUUUCCUCAUAAUAAAUAGGAGUUAUAUCUAAUCUCCAUGGUUUUUGCACUUUGCAGAAGUACAUGUAAUGUUCAUAUUUGUCUAUAUAUAAUAUAUAUAUGAUAAAAUAUAAUAUUUAUCUUACAAGAAAAUUGCUUGGUGGCUAGUUAGUUUGUGUGUUGCAUGUUGUUACAUGUUACUUUCCUUGACUAUUGUUUCUACCUUUGUUGUAGGCGAUGUUCAGCUAUCGCCAUCUUCUGCACAACCAUCGCCAGAUUCAGACUUCUUACCUGGUCCAAUAUACAAUUUAGCGCAGUCAGGACCUCUUGUAGCAGGUCCUGGAGCCCGGAAUACGACGAUUCCCGGCCUGCUUGGGGCGGGGCUUCCGAAGCUGAAUCAGGAGCAGCAGGAAGCGGUGACCCGUGCCAAGAAAUAUGCCAUGGAACAAAGCAUCAAGAUGGUGCUCAUGAAACAGACGCUAGCACAUCAGCAGCUGCAAAUGGCUAGUCAAAGGAGUCAGGUUCAAAGACAACAGGCCCUCGCCCUCAUGUGCAGGGUUUACGUUGGGAGCAUAAGCUUUGAACUGAAGGAAGACACAAUCAGACAAGCAUUUCUGCCAUUUGGUCCAAUCAAAUCAAUCAACAUGUCUUGGGACCCAGUGAUGCAGAAACACAAGGGGUUCGCCUUCGUAGAGUAUGAGAUUCCAGAGGCUGCACAGCUAUCACUAGAACAGAUGAACGGCGUGAUGAUCGGGGGAAGAAACAUCAAGGUGGGACGCCCCAGCAACAUGCCCCAGGCGCAAUCUGUUAUUGAUGAGAUUACUGAGGAGGCAAAGCAUUACAAUCGAAUUUAUGUGGCAUCGAUACAUCCAGACCUCACCGAAGACGACAUCAAAAGUGUGUUUGAAGCAUUUGGGCCAAUCAAGUAUUGCAAAUUGGCUCCUGGCAGCACUCCAAGUAGACACAAAGGUUACGGCUUCAUAGAAUACGAGACUCAGCAGGCCGCAUUAGAAGCCAUUGCCUCUAUGAACCUGUUUGAUCUCGGAGGCCAAUACCUGAGAGUGGGGAGGGCGAUCACCCCUCCCAAUGCACUGCAGGUGAGGCAGCCCAAGGGGCCAGCUAGUGCAGCCAGUAUGAUGCCCACAGCGGCAGCGGUAGCAGCUGCAGCCGCGACAGCUAAGAUUCAGGCAAUGGAUGCUGUAGCAAGCAAUGCUGUUGCUCUAGGAUUGUCAAAAUUGGGGUCGCCCGUUUCGGCACCUACGCUUCUCCCAAGCAUCCCGACAUUACCGUCUGUGAUGCCGAUGCAGGCAAUGCCAGGUUUGCAGACGGCGGCUCCUGUGGGGAUGUCGGCCGCGCAUGCCCAUUCCGGCAUGCUGCCUUCUUCCAUGCCGGGCACCGCCAUAAUUCCCCCACCCGGACUGGCAAUUCCGCAAUUUCGUGCACCGGCCAUGAGUUCUCCAGUUACCACGACAAUAGGAGGUCAGCCAGUAACAGUGAUACCACCUCCCGUCGUCCUGACUCCGACCGUCGUCGGACAGCCAAUGACCACACAAGGAAACAAUCCUCAGGAUGCUUUUAGGAGAGCUCAGGAGCAGGCUCAGCAAAAGCAGCAGGAGGAACUGCAGAAAAAGCUGCUGGAGGAAACGGAGCCGCAGACAUUGCAGCAGCAGGAGAACAUGUCCAUCAAGGGCCAGAGUGCGCGCCACCUCGUAAUGCAGAAACUAAUGCGCAAGGUCGAGAGCCGAGUUGUGAUCCUUCGAAAUAUGGUGGAACCGGAUGACGUAGACGAAACGCUGCAGGAAGAAAUCCAAGAUGAGUGUAGCAAGUUUGGUACUGUGGAACGGGUAAUCAUAUAUAAUGAGAAACAGUCCGAAGAUGAUGAUGAUGCUGAAGUUAUUGUAAAGAUCUUCGUUGAGUUCUCACAGAUGAGUGAAGCAGAAAGUGCACGGGAUGCAUUAAAUGGAAGGUAUUUUGGAGGGCGCUUAGUGAAAGGAGAACUGUAUGAUCAAGCCCUGUUUGAUCACAAUGACUUCUCUGGUUGAAGGUGUUGAUUUCUCCUAUGGAGAAAGGUAAAUCGUAAUGUGAGACUUGACGUGGGACAUGUCGAGAUCUCCACAGUUGGUCUAUUUUUGUUGUGGGACGAGUAUAAUACUUGUGAGCGGUGGAACAUAUUCUUCCUGGUAUUAUGUAAUUUAUAGAAGUGUUGUGAUCUAGUGUCUUGUGAAAACCCCUGGAAAGAAAUAAGCAUUCCGAGUACGUGCGAGGUCAGACAACGAAGUGGUACAUGUGAAUAUACUGUUUUGAGAAGCAAUAUGAUCUGUUAAUUAAUUCUGCUGAACUUGGUCAAGUGCGGCAUUACCUAAACACCGUGCAAAGUGUUUGGGUGGUUUUAAUGAAAAGUAAUAAUUAAAAAAGUUUCUCCAGUAAA